AUAAAACAGAUGACGAUGUGCAUAACUGUAAGCAGAGAUAUGGUAGGAGAUAGCCCAAAGACAAGUAUUCACUGCGAUUCCUGCAUGGAUAACGAGAAGUUACUGGCACACAUUAGAGAUACGAUGAGGCAAGAGAUGGCCAUAUUAUCGGAUCAGUUUCAAGUGCUCUUCAAUGAGUUUGAGGAACAGAAGCAGCUGCUAAGACAGAUCGUAGGCAGAGAGAGCUCCUCCAGCCUAGGCGAUGGCGAUGAAUCUCCAUUUAGGACAGCGGUUCGACCUCCACGUCGCAAACCCAAGCAACCAAAAUAUCAAUAAAGUAUUCUCAAGUUUUUUCGACACACACACAAAACAUAAAAAAAGACACCCGGCCGUUUAACGGCACAAUGAAAACCCAAGACUUUUCAAUAAUUGAAAAUAUUGUUUAAUUAUGUUUAAUGCCACAUCUCCAUUGUCAUACCAAGAAUUUAGAAUUAUUUAUUCCGCACAUAAUAUAAAUGUUCCAAUUCCACACAAUCACAAUAUAAAUGUUUAAUUUUAAAUCAUGCAAAUAAUGUUUAAAAUUAAAUGCACAUUAUCAUUGCAUAUGCAAAUGGGAUUUUUCUUUUGUUAUACAUUUUCGAAUUUCAAAAUCAUAAUAUAAAUGUUUAAUAUUCAAUAUGUCUAAUAUAUUUAUAUUUUCGAAUAUAAAAUGCACAUUAUCAUUGGAUAUUAUUAAUUCCUUUU